AUGGAUGUCCGCAACGAAGCAAGGUGGGGCAUUGGCGCUGAAAUCUUGUUGCGCCGUGACGAACAGGAAACCUCGGCCAGUCCUGGUACCACCAAGGUGCCGAAUGCGAUGGAAAGCACACCCAUAAAUUUUACUGCCAAGGGCUUUGCGGCAGCCAAAGAAUAUUACGAACGUCUUAUUCUCAACCAUCCAUUUACGAAAUCUUCACCACAGUCUAUUUCCUCUUUGCACUUCUACCCUGCAAUGUUUGGUCUUUGGGUGUACAACACCCAGGAAGAAAGCAAGGCGACUAGGAAAAAUCUUGCUCUUCGCCAAGAAGAAGAGCCAGAUGAAUUUUCUGAGGACGACAACUCAGAAUCUGAAUUCGCCCACCGUCGGAAGUCACAAAGUAAGGUAGAUGCUGCCGUCACGGCAAUCAGGGCAUUGGAGCUAGAACAGGCGCAGCAGAUUGCUGUGCGCAUGGACCAGCUCCUAGCGUCUCCUCCAUACUCUGACUCGCCUGAAUUGCUGGAGCUCAGAGGCAUGAUUUGUUUAUGGAUCGGUGAUCUGUCACUGUCUGCACUAUCAAUACCGGCGGACUUCGAAGAAAGCGACGAUCCCGAUCGAAUGCUCAUGGAUGAAACCCCAGGCUCCCUUGCAGCGAGACGUGAGCACAGGCUUGCAACUGAAAAGAAAGCAGCUGAAGUUCAAAGGUCGAUCGAGCUCUUCGAGAAGGCCAAGAAACGAGGCAGGAGUGUCGCAUACAAUCUGGAGAGUCUCCAUAUUGAUGAUGACUCUGCUAAGUGA